CGUAACGCGAGCGCUGUGCGUCCUUGAGCGCACAUGCAGGACGGAAACUAAGCCGAAACACUAAAGCUGAACAAUAUAUAUAUAUAUUUAUAUUAAAAAACACACAUGCGCGCACACACAUACACACACACACACACACAUACAUAUAUAUAUAUAUAGGCAGUAUUUUACAAUGUGUUGCAGAUCUGCGCAGAGAAUUGCACAGCAUCGUGUUUAAGUGCUUGUGGAAAGGGAUUACGCAUCAUCUGAAGUUCAUCUUGCCUUCAAUGCGCGCUGAAAUCGUGGAACAGAGCGCGGACAUGAUGAUCGGACAGAUCUUCUCACAGGUUUUCAGACAGAAAGUGGAAAUGAAGCAGAUCGAACGCAGCUCGGAAAUCCGACGGACAUAAACAUCGGAAAUUUUACAAGCGUGAGCAUUAAAAACCAUACGGACCGUGAAGAUGAUUCCUUAUUCCUGGCAAAACUCCCAUUAGCAGUCUACAGCGAACCUUUCAAAGUAAAUGGACCUGACUCAUAUCCAGUUUCCAUAAAUGGGACACCUUGUUCAGAGACGGGAAAAACGACGAGAGACUUGAUCAAGAUCCUGGUUUAGGGAAGCACAAGACUUUAUUUUUUUUAAUGACAUUAAACAUUGCAUAAUUGUUCUGACUUAACUGACUUCUGAAUAAAGCAUUAAUGAAGAAAAUCAUAUGGAGGACCACCAGCUGAUGGAUUUUUUGUUAAGUCAGAAGCAAACUUUUUAGAUCCUGUCUUACCAGAAAAGAGUUCCAACCUAUUUUUCUUAUUUGGCAGCCCUCACCUUAACAGGCAAAAAAGUGAGCAAGCAGUGGAUGACUAACCAGCUAAUAAACUAUGAAACAUUCUUGGUGUCGAUGCUGACAGGCUCCACCCCUUUCACCCACUUGCCCCGCCCCAAACACCCGGUCCUGGUCCGUCCUAGCGCUCCACACCAUGCUCCUCCCGGUCUGCCUGUUCCUGCACUGUGUGCUCAUCACUCUGGGCCAGUAUGACAUCUGUAAGUCGCUGGUGAGCACUGAUGACGGGCCCACAUGGGAGUAUUACGCUUGUCAGCCCCGACCUGCAGCCAUGAAGGACUUUAUGCAGAUCCGAGUGGAGCCACCAGACAUCACGUGCGGAGACCCACCUGAGCGCUUCUGCACCCUGGAAAAUCCGUACCUGUGUAGCGAUGAAUGUGACGCAUCUACUCCGGACCUUGCUCACCCACCACAGCUGAUGCAGGACCGCGAGCGCACUGGCCUCAUCACCUACUGGCAAACAGUGACAUGGAGUCGCUUCCCAGAGCCACUGCUGGCCAACAUCACACUGUCCUGGAACAAGAGCCUGGAGGUAGCUGACGACAUUGAGAUCACCUUCGAGUACGGCCGACCCACCCUCAUGGUGUUGGAGAAGUCGAUGGACAAAGGGCGAACCUGGCAUCCAUUCCAAUUCUAUGCAGACGACUGCAUGGAGGCAUUUGGCAUGCCAUCCAAGAGGGUGGAGAACCUUUCAGCAACCAAUGUAACUCGGGUCAUCUGCACAGAGCGCUACUCACGCUGGGUGGGCUCCAAGAAUGAAAAGAUUGUGCGGUUUGAGGUUCGGGACCGUUUCGCCAUUUUCGCGGGGCCUAGGCUGUCCAACAUGGACAAUUUGUACACACGGAUGGAGAGCUUGAAAGGUUUGAGAGAUUUCUUCACGUUUACUGACUUGAAGCUACGACUGCUGAGGCCUGCGCUCGGAGGGACGUACGUGCAGAGAGACAACCUGCUCAAGUACUUCUACGCCAUCUCGAAUAUUGAGGUUUUUGCCAGGUGUAAGUGUAACCUUCACGCAGGACAGUGUACGUUUCGCGACGGCAGCCUCCAGUGUGACUGCGAGCACAACACCACGGGGCAGGACUGCGCUCGCUGCGAACGGGGCUUCAAGGCCAGGUCGUGGAAGCCUGGCUCAUACCUGCCAACGCCCAAUGGAUCACCAAACACCUGUGAAGCGGCAGGUACUCUCGGCAACUGUGAGUGCUACGGUCACUCGAACCGCUGCAGCUACAUAGACUUCAUCAACAUUGUAACUUGUGUAAGCUGCAAACACAACACUAGAGGGCAGAACUGCCAGCACUGUCGCCUCGGAUACUUCAGGAACGCUUCAGCCGAGCUGGAUGAUGAAAAUGUUUGCAUAGAGUGUAACUGUAACCAGCUAGGCUCCUUACACGCUCGCUGCAAUGAGACAGGAUUCUGUCAGUGCCGAGAAGGGACCACCGGCCAGAAGUGCGAAGACUGUCUGCCGGGAUACAACUGGAAACAAGGCUGUGUCCAGAACGUCUGCGAUGAUGAGCUUCUGCUCUGUCUGAAUGGUGGGACUUGCUUUCAGAACCAGAAGUGCAUUUGUCCACCUGAAUUCAAGGGCGUCCUGUGUCAACAGGCGCGCUGCGAUGGUGAGAAAGGCUGCAACGGCAGUCCCGCCUGCUACCUCAGCCUCCUGACUGUGCUGCUCUGCGUCCUCACCGACAGCGUGCUCAAAGCCUAUGCCUAGUGCUCAAGUGCUCGCCUCGGUCCUCCACCUCGGCCCUAAGCCUCGGUCCAGCUCUGUCAGCCUGCCUCUGACUGAACCACGCGGACAGAGGAGGGGUCGCUGCAGCCCUUGCAGCCCUGAGCAGGCCUCACGGUGCUGAGAUCUUCUGGGCCGGAGUGUGUGUGUGUGUGUUUUUUAGGGCAGCGCGCAGUCCCAGGUUAUAGCCGCCUUCACACAGAUGAGAAGCUGCUUGCUCGUCUCCUCGCAUCCCUGAACACCUGAGCAGAGAGAAAAGUAUAAACUAUGAACGGAAAUGAAAUAAGAAACUUUAUAGGAAGGUGUAUAUAUAAUAGGAGAUGCAUAUAUGAUUAUUGUUUUUUUAUUUUUAUUUCUCUUCUUCGUUUGUCACUCUUGUAGUUGUGACUUGUCAAUACGCUCACUGAGAUUCAGGCACUGCACUUAUCUGGGGUUUCUGAACAGCCGACUUUAUUACACAAGCCUACUCAGGCCAAGGUUAUUUACUGUACACGUCUAUUGAAAAUUUCUUUCUAAAAUACUUUACACAUCUUUUGGUGUCUGGUUUCACACAGUUGACCUGAUUAGACAUGAGGGGGGAAAAAAAAGGUGUUUAGUGUCCGUGCUGCUCAAGGAAAGAAUAUCGGUGUAGUUUGUGUUCGAGUUAUGUUUAUGUAUGGGAUCAGAAGGAGGUAAGUAUAAAUAUAAAUAUAAAUAUAAAUAUAUAUAUAGAUAUUAUAUGCCCAAAUUUUCAAAUCUUUAUCUAUCUAUCUGAAAGAGAUCAUAGAAAUUAUUGUAAAAUGAUCGUUUGGUUAUUUAUUUAUUUUUUUUGUAGAAAUUAUUUUUGUUUCAAGUAAACGUUAUAAAGAUUCUAACAAAGCCUUUUAUUGCGGUUCUAACUGACAUAUUCACAUCAGUACCUUUUCUUUCAUAUCACGAUACUUCUGAUGCUUUGGAAUGUUCCUCCACUUAUACCGUUAAAAGCAUUUAAAGGCAAUUAAAAGCUAAAUGGAUCAACAAGGUACCCAGCUUUAGCUCAGUUUAAGCCUCACACAUGGAUGCCAGCAUGCAUAGAUCGUGUACGCCUGGUCCUCCUGAUAAACUUUCAAGGGCCUUAUUCAGUGCAGCCAUCAUUCGUUGAUUGGUGACAUCACUGCUGUAACCAAAGCUCAAAAGCCAAAAGGAACAAACAAACAAACAACCCAUAACGAACAACAUGAAAUUAUCUGAUGAAUCACUAACAGCACAACAACACAAUAACAUAAAUGAUGUGCCAUGAGUAAAGCGAUGAGACUGUUGGUGGGUCAGUUAAUUCCAGGCCCUCGUCCCUCAUUCAGGAAGUGUGAUACAGCUUCCACCAUGUCAGUCUAGAUCACUGUGGUAAGAAAAGUGGAUUCGUUUAUUUCAAUGUGUUAGUGACAAAUGCAUCGAGUCGGGCUGCUGUAUAUGAAGGUGAAGAGAAUUUGUUGUAUUUUUCACACCUUUACAGGCUUUGCUUUUGGGCUUUCCUGAUCAUGAUGGAACAACUAGCUGACUGAAAGUGUACCGUCAGCAUU